AUGCCCUACCAGGAACAUGCUGGAGAAGACGGUCCUGCAGAUACCAUUACUUGUAGGUCCAGUUCCAGGCUUUGUUUGCUUCUGCACUCCACACUCCAAGUGACCAUCUGCAGGGCAAGGCAUCUGUAUAUUUGUGACUUUCACAAAAACUUGAUCCAAAGUGUCCAAAACAGAAGAAAGAGAAAAGGCAGGGAUGAUGAUGGGGACUCACCUGUGCAAGAUGUUAAUACUGCAGAGGUUGACCUGUAUCAGUUGCAAGUAAACACACUAAGAAGAUACAAAAAGCACUUCAAGUUACAGACUAGACCAGGACUUAACAGAGCACAGCUUGUUGAAAUAAUUGGAUGUCAUUUUUGGACUAUCCCAGUGAAUGAAAAAGACACCUUAACCUAUUUCAUCUGCUCUGUGAAGAAUGACAAGAACAAAUCUGAUCUAAAAAUGGAUAGUGCUGUCCACUAAAUAAGCACACUUGAGACUUGCAGACUUAAAGACUGUUUUGGAUGUAGUGAAGCUUUCUUUAUAACUGAUAUUGAGAGAGGAAAUCUUAAUGUUAUUUUUCAUUGCUGCCGGGUUGGGGUGGAGGAUUGCUCCAAAAUGAUAUU